CAGACAGGUCCAAGGCGGCGUGCUCUAAACUUUGGAGAGACCUCAACAUCCUACUAACAUCCAAUACAUCCAUACAACCAGCUCGCUCUCUGCCUCUCGUCAUGCUUUAUGUAAAGCCUGGAGAGACCCCACCAAACUAUUGAAUCGAAUUCUGCAAAAUACCAAAAAUCAACAAAAUAUGUAGCAGAAACCUCAAGAGUCUAGUGCCUGUUUUGCCCAGCCAACAACCCAAUUUGAGAAUGCCGAGACACCCUCUUCUUCUCGACGGUAGGACAGAUUAAGUUGUCUUUUUUUUCGCAGGGGAUACAGCGCCUCACUCGUAUCUUUGCUUAGCAUCUCGAUCAACUCUAGGCGGCAUUGACUUCUCCAUCAUGUCUCACCAAAAAUCAGCCUCUUACUCUGUCAAACCGAAAUUUCUGCGCCACUCCCAUACUUUUGAGUCUCCCUUCUGGGCCACCAAAUAACUGUCCUUGAACUUAGCGUAUCCCUUUUCUGCCAAUCUCAGGAACAAGAUCAGCCUCAACACAUAAUAAUUACCUAGAGAGAUACAUAUCGAGUUAAGCUCAUCCCUUGCGCGUUGUCUUGGCCAAUCUUACUCUCGGCGAUCUGUUAAUUACGUAGUAUAUCUCUUUCUUCGUAUCACCUGCGAUACGGCAUGUCUAUACGAUUUCCCCGUUCGUAUCUAUGUACUAUUCCUGUUCUCCUUACUCAGAUCAAGUCAGGUAGGUCAGCACUGUACACGUCUUGGUCUCGGGAGAUCAUCCACCGGCCUCAAGCCACAUCAAGGGACAGGGGAGGUCCGGACUGGAACUUUACUUGUACCUUUCCCUGCCGUUCACCAUGCUGCAAGUGUUUAUUUGUUUUGUAUGUGGUUUUACCUUUAGCCAUGUCUUUUCAGCUCGUGUCUUGUUUUGACUAUGGCGCACACACUUUACAAGCAACUAUUACCGCUACAAGUACGACCACACCUUUUUUGAGGUCUAUUUAGAGUCCGGGUUGCUCAGAGUUACCUAGUCGGUCGUUUCCUUCGGAGCUGAAGCACAGUGUGUCUCGCUGUGACCAGUCAAACGUCGUGCCUUAACUUUGCUGGGGCCGAGAGCUGACUUCAAGCUGACGAGAGGUGGCUGUAAAAGUCACGAAUUGCUGGCAAGCGCAAGCCAUCGAAACUCAAUCACUCUUUGCAUGGAUGGUGUUGGAGCAGCGGCUGGCUGAGGUAAACAAUUGGACCCCCGCUUACCUGAGGUCCUUCUCUUGUUUCCCCACUUGACUCUCACGAUAUCAUCAUCUCGAUAUUUAGGCCCAGAAUAUUGCUUCACUGCAACAAGCAUAAGCGUACGGUACCUGGCACUCACAUCGGAUGCGCGGCAGCCAAGCGGGUGCCAACUCCAAUACAUGAUGGUUUAUUAUCCUAAGGUAUCCGACAGUAUCGGAUGACUGCUCAUUUAUUGACCAUCACAAGGGCCAAAAGCACACAAACGCGAUGCCUGCAAUUCCCCAAUCGACGUCAUUUGUGAUCCGUCUUGAACGACCAAGCGGUCGACGAGGGAAAAACAAAAGAGGCACUGCUCUGUGCAACCGUAUAUCCAAUCACAAUGCACAAAGGACACCCCGAAACGUCCCAGAGGCCACAUUUUCCGGCUCGCUGCCGUUCGCUACAGCGGUCAGGAGCGUUUCAUCACAAAGCCAUCAAAUAGGCCAGGCCUUGCACGGGAAACCGAUGCUCGUUUCCGUCUGUAAGAUUGGUUGCCAUUGGUUGGAGUGAUUGCUAUGCUGCUCUCUUGCUAAUACAAACGUCGCAGGCUGUGCUUGACACGCCAUCAAACCGCGUUCAAUUGCAUAGAACGGGCAGGCACAUUAGAUCGGAAAGGUACCUAGGUAGUGUUCACCUCUACCUAGCUUCCACUUUAUGUUAUGCCUGUUUCUUUUGUCGGCAUGCCUGAACUAUGGGAAACGGUGCUCUUCGGGAGUGUUGCAUCAUUGAGAUGAAGCUUGAUUUAAAAGUCACAGGUCGGACAUGCCAAUGGUGGUGUCACCUAUAGCCUCGAUAUACCGAGGAAAGUGGCUCUUACUUAAUACAAGUCUCCAAACCCUUACCAUUGAUACACGAUGGACGAAGGACGGUGUUUCCAUUGGUGGUCUUUUUGCUGUCUGUGCCUCUUUGACUUUUGCGAUGGGGACAGAGUGAUAAGAUCUGGCCAUCCUUCUGAAGCGGGUUCUGGGGUACCAGCAACAGUUGAGUUUGACUACGAAACAUUGAUCUUCAAUCCCGAAAGCCCACAGUAUAUUUCGCCACGCCAAUGGGAGAGAACUAGCACCUUUGUUCUUGUUGCACACCUAGACUGCAUGAGAAGAUUCCCUCCUUUUGACAAGAAUAUUGUAUUGAACCUCCUACACUAUGAUUUCCGCCCCUCGGAUUCCCGAAAACGGGAAAGAAUGCUGGUUCUUCGACAGUGUUGCCUUGAUAUUUCCGGGGAGCAUGCAGAUACCACAUUGGGCGCUCUUCAAGAAAAGGCUCGAAUAGGCGUGAGAGACUUGAUUCUAGCACCAAACUUGGUGAAUAUCCUUUCUAGCAAAAAGGCCACAUAUUUACACUUCGUUGUUGAUCCAACAAAACCAAUUUGGGGAAUAUCGACCACGUUCGAAAAUGCCCGUUACCUUCAAGGUCUUUCAAAUAACGUUGCUAGGGACGCAUUCUUGGUGGUCUCGGAGCCGCAGCAACUCUCGGACGGACUCUAUUUCGCUUCAGACCACCUUGGAGUCAGGGCAAUCUCCUUUGGUGAGACCGAUGUGUCAAAAAGCUCCAGCUAUGAACAGCCGGGAAUUUGGUGGACCUUUCAAAACACCAAUAAGUCGGAGCGCUACUUUUUGAAAUGGUACGGUGAUGGCUUUAAAAUGCGCGAUUUGCACGUGGUGAAAUCGGAAGAAGACGCUCUGCCUCCGCUGGCAAGAUGGUCGUUGCUACCGCCAAAUCCGGAGGCUGUCUGGUACUUGCACCUCGAUGACAGAGCUGGUGGUCGACACUAUCUCAAGGUUCUGGAGUGUGAAAGCCCUGAGAUCACUGGCUAUUCAGCAUGCCUACUUGACGAAGACCUGCUUUACCUGCAUAGUCAUCGUGAGGGCGAGGACUUUUCAUUCUAUAGUGAAGGUCGGGGAGACCGACUACACGCAGUGUGGCUGUAUUUUCCAGUUGAGAAGAACGAGCGGAUUGUCGAAGUCUGGCGCCUGAGGAGAAGGCCAGCAUUCUGGCGCGAUAUCCUUCUGCUACGAACGAACAAGAGUCGCGUUUUCUUUCUAGGAGCCAACGCCAACAUGACCCAACCAGAUGCCAUCUUCGAACGUGUGGCCUUAUUGACCGCCAAACCUUCUCGUCUCUGGUUCAGUUCUCAGGGAGACGGUGUUGACUGUCUUGCAUUCGACUGUGAGGACAAACGUCAUGACAAGAAUGAAGCUCCCCCAUCUUUCCACGACCCAUCUACAUGGUCCUCAAGGAUGAGUGUCCAGCAGAUCUUCAAUAAAUCGGUUAAACUUGGAGGUGUGACUGGACUCGUCCCCUGCAGAACUUGGAUCCCAGGAUCUACUGGGAUUGUCGGUCUCAUCUUCACCUACUCCGAUGGCUCGAAGGAGUCAGUAGGACAAAUCCGUCUCGAUCACCUCCUUCCACCCAUCGAGGUUGAUCCGGCCGGAGAGAUGUGGAUAGGAGCCAGACUGCUUCAGCCCAGUGGCGCGGUCGUUGAGUCAAUGAGAGUAAUUAGUCCACUGGCCAAACUUUCCAUGGUGGGAACCCCUCCCAGGAAGGAUUGACUUGGUUGAGGAUACUUUGGAGGGGUCGCUUAGACUGGAACUUUCUGUAUAGCAAAUGCUUCAUCAAUGUCAGCGAUCAGGCCAAUGUAAAUCAGCACAUGAGCAUUGAUAUGUUGCUGGAGAGCUGGGCCGGGAGAGAGUGGGAGAAAGAGGAGGUGUCAGGGCAGCAACUUGUUGUGCGUGCCCAUUGAUACGACACAUUGGCGCUUAGAACAGCUUCGUUAAACAUUUCUUUCAAGAUAUUCAUGUUCCUCUAUAUCAGGCUAACAGGAUUCUCGCUCCAUCUUCCAACUCCAUAACAUCAUCUGCCCUCGCCGCCUUUCCACCCCAAAUCACCGUCCCAGUUCCAUCGAUAGCAAAAGCACCAGCCUCCUGCCACUUAUUCCCCAUCGUCGUCAACGGUCCAUCAUCUUCUUCAUCGUCCACAUUAUUCGUACUCGCUGGUUUCUUCUCAUUCGUCUCCUUUCUCUGUAUCGCUCCAGCCACUUUCUCUCCCAACCAUCCCGACUCUUUCCAUCCUUGAACUUGCGUCGUGGGAUUGAGUACAUACCACAUACUACUCGUCCCUAAACCCCAAGCUGCAUAAAUAGCCCUCUCUUCAUCGACGAUAACGCGAACGCUCCAGGCGCCGCCGAGAAGAGAUACCCAUUUUUGAGUUGCUUGCUCUGAGGCGUGGGAUACGGCUAUGCAUGUUAAUGCAUCGCCAUAUCGAUUCGCCAUUGUGCGAAGAUUAAUAAAUGUCUUUUGAGCAACUGCGCAUCGUCAGCAUUGACCUCAGAAUCUGGAGAGUGGCAACUUACAAGCACAACCAACACAGCGUAAAAACACAAGCAGAACUCUCUUCCCCCCACCAACCCUCAGCUUCCCCGUUUUAUCAAGGGGUGCUUUAUCUCCUAUCCCCGGUAGUCUACCCUUAGCAACAGCAGCAGGCGGAGGCGUCAACCACGGCUGAACAGUAAGCGGCAGAGACCGAACAGACAUCCAAGACGUCCAGCCUGAGUCCGUUUCAUUAUCGAGAUCUGCUGGUGGGUUCUUACGCAGUUUGUUUGGCUCGCGCUUCUUUUCUGAAAAGUCAAAGACGUCGCUUGGUAUACCUGCUUUUUUGAGGGCGAGCUUGGUUGUGAAUGAUGAGAGCAUCGUGAGGAAUGAGAUGUGAGAUGUGAUGGGACUAGGGAAGAUUGCGGGCCGGGCCGAUGGGGUGAGACAAUUAUAGAUUGAGCAUAUCACGGGAAUAGAUUGAUUUGAUGAGAUUAGUGAGAGAAAGUUGUCAUGUUUGUUCUUUGUGUUGUGAAGAAGAUGAGACGUGGUGUUGAGUUGAAACUCCAAAACAGGGGGUUGAGAUAUGACGCUAGUAAGGGUUUGGAAUGGGGGCGACUGGUUUAGGGUAACGCGAAUGGUAAAGCUCCAUCAGCUGGAAUGAAGAGAAGGGAGUCUGGAGAGUACCUUUGUGCAGUAACUAUUAUUGUUAAAUAUUAUUAUCUUUUACACAG